GAAACGUCACUCUUUUUUAAUAUUGUGGUUUGGGAACAAUUAUUUUUAUUGUUUUGGAUUAAAUUUCUCGUCAAAAAUAAUGUUAUUUGUUGAUUAAAAAUAUAAGUGUGGUCCUUAGAUAACCUUAGAAAGAUAUUAUACAAAUUAAAUUAAAAAUGGAGGCGAACAGUGUAGUUUUGUGCGACAAUCUUAUUAAGUGGUUGCGGACACUUAAUUUAACAGCAAAACAUGGAAAUCCUCUCGAACUCUCAGAUGGGGUUGCAAUAGCGGAAGCUCUCACUCAAAUAGCCCCUGAAUAUUUCACCCCAAGCUGGAUAUCAAAGAUCAAGGUGGUUGUCGGCAACAACUGGAGGUUGAAGGUCAGCAAUUUGAAGAAGAUUCUGGAUGGAGUUGUUGACUAUCACCAAGAUAUACUAAACCUCAGCCUUCAAGAGUUUGCAAGGCCAGAAGUGAUCAACAUUGCCGAGCAUGCGGACCCGGCUGACCUGGGCCGGCUACUGCAGCUCGUCCUCAGUUGUGCUGUCAAUUGUAACCAGAAGGAAGAGUACAUAACACGCAUCAUGGAGCUAGAGCUGUCCUGCCAGAGGUCCAUCAUGCAGGCCAUACAGGAGCUAGAGACGCUGACGCUGGGCGGGCUGCGCGUCGGGCUGGCGCCGGACGCCCCCCGUGCGGACCAGAGCGAGGCGGACAUGCGGGACGCCCUCGCGCAGCGCUGCCACGAACUCGACAACCAGGUGAAAGUGCUCCAAGAGGAGAAGAUGACGCUCCUGUCAGAAGUGUCCCGGCUGUCGGCCGCGCGCGACGCUCGCGACGACGAGCUGGCGGGCUCGCUGGACGACGCCGGCGCCUCGCUGGGGCCCGCGCACGCCGGCACGCUGCGCUACAGCCACAUGCGCGCGCAGCUCGAUUCGCUGAAGGAGGAGCUGGACAAGGUGGAGCUGCAGCGCGACGACCAGCGCGCGCGCGGCGACGCGCUCGAGCGCGAGCUGGCCAUCAUCAAGCUCAGGAACGAGGAGUUGCAGAUAGCGGCAUCAGAAACAGCAGCUCUGAAGGACGAAGUGGACGCGCUUCGAGAGACGGCUGCCAAGGCGGCGACUCUGGAGGCCACCGUGGCGUCCUACAAGAAGAGGAUGGAAGAACAUGUGGACUUGCGGAGACAGGUUAAACUACUAGAACACGCGAACACAGAGCACGUGCAGAGAGCCAUCGAGCAGGAGCAGGCGGUGAGCCGCGCCACUGCGCUCAGACAACAACUGGACAUUUAUAAGAAACAGGUAAUAGACCUAAACGAGAAGCUAGACGCGGAGAUAACGAAAGCGGACAAGCUAGAGAUAGAGAACAAGAAGAUACAGACCAAGUCGGCGUCGCUGCAGAGAGAGCGAGACGCACUGAUGCAGGAGAGAGACACGCUGAGGGAGACCGUCGACGAGCUCAAGUGUUCCGCUUCACCCGCCCGCGAAGACAACGUGUCCCGCGAGCUGAUGCCAGCCGACGUGCGCGAGCGGCUCAUCCGCCUCGAGCACGAGAACAAGCUGCUGCGGGGCGCCCUGCCCGCGCAGCCCGACCACGCCUCCGUGCAGACGCUACUAGAAGACUACGCAGCCCGCCUAGAGAAGCAGCGAGCCACCAACAGAGAGGCGAGUCAACGGAUCAUGCAGUUAGAAGCGGCACUAGAAGCUAAGGCUGAGGCACAUAACCCACGCCUAGCACACGCUAUAGAAGACUCGCAGAGGAAGUCCCUCCAAGUUGAAGAGCUCCAGGCAGCAUUAGCGGAAGAGAAGCGACUGGUGGCCAAGAUGCAGGAGGCUUUGGCGGCGCGCGAGGCAGAAGUACUGGCAACCGAGGACAAGUACAAGAAGUGUGUGGAGAAAGCCAAGGAGGUCAUAAAGACGCUGGAUCCGAGGACUACAGGACAACAGUCGCUAACAGACGCUACGCUGGCCUACUCCAGGGGCACCGGCGGCGGCGCCACGUCGAGAGGGGACGCCACGCCCGCCAAUAAUAAUAGACACGAAUGGAGCGGUGGCAGCGCCAGCAGCGAAGAGUCCCGCAUCAACAACAGCGAGCAACGCCUGCUGACCUCCGCGUGGUACCAGCUCGGCGCCCGUUGCCAUAGAGACGCCGUGGAAACCCGCUUCGCCCUGCUCUCCGCCGGCCACUCCUUCCUAGCCAGGCAGCGCCGCGCGCCCCCCCGCCCGCGCCCCGCCAACACCCCCGCCGCCUCCACCGCACAAUGACAGAGGAACAGACCACGGAUCGUUCAGGAGUGAAUGAAAGGAAGGUACUGAGUGAACGUCAAUUAUGCCCGGGCUGGCAACUGUCUUUGUUACCAGUUGGCUGCCUUAUUGUUAGUGAAAUGUUUUGUUCUGUUGGCUUCGGUUUGAAGGCUGGUGCAAACUGGAUGCGUAAUAAGCCGUGACGCGUGAAUUUAAUGAAUGAAAAUAUAUUUUUCACUGCACUAUAACUCCCUUCCAUGUAUCAAGUCUGCUCCAGCCCAGUUAAACUUACCUACGGUAAGGCAGUUCAUUAGUAUUACGUUAACCAAAGUCCCGAUACCCACCUGUAGUCUUGCCUGUGACCGUUCAGUAUUCGAUGGCGUUGUUACCCGUGUAAAUAGCCAGCCGACGUGUUGCCAGCCUAGCCCUAGUUAAGUCUAGGUGUGCUAAGUGGAGUUCAUUACUACGCAAUUUUAAUGAAUAUUGAUGACCAUAACCACUUGCCGCCUGUGCUAUUAUCUGUAGCAUGUUUUUGCACUUCAUUAUAAGAACGUCGGGGUUAGUACCAUAAAUAUGUACAGAAGCCGUAUAUUUUUAAUACUAUCGCAUAAAUUUUGUAAUGAAAAAAAGUAUCGGCCUUAUUACUAUAGAAUUGAUGAAGUCGAAAGUGUUAUCGUCCGCUACAAUGUAGGCGUAAUCUUCAUAAAUCCAUUGGGGAUUUCUUUAGAGUCAGUUUAUUUACGAACUUUUAGUGUUUUGUAUAAUGCUCAAUCAUUUGAAUUUAUUUACUCUUAAACAUGUGUUUUAUUUACAUUUACAAGACGAAAGUUAAUCUUUAUUUACGAGUACGAUCAAAAGCUUUCUUAUAGAAAAAAUCAUGUAUUUGUUUAUUACAUUUCAUGAUCAUAAUUAUGUGUGCAAAACACAGAAUCUCCCGUCUGUAUAGAGGAACAUAUAAAUAAAUA